UUGGACUUCUUCUCUCGCCGUAGGACGUGAAACCGGAAGCUGGAUCAGGCGUGCUACGGAUAUCCGAGCGAGGGCCGGGCUGGAGCCCCAUGUGGGAGCUGCUGUGAGGAGUUGGGGUUCCCCGUUCUGCCGAAGUCGAGCUCUCGCCCGGGCUUCAGAAAUCCGCUAGUGUGAGAGAUGACGUCCUUAGCACAGCAGCUCCAGCGACUCGCCCUCCCUCAGAGUGACCCCAGUCUCUUAUCUAGAGAUGAAGUUGCCUCUUUGUUGUUUGACCCCAAGGAAGCGGCCACCAUCGACAGGGACACCGCCUUUGCCAUUGGAUGCACUGGCCUGGAAGAGCUGCUUGGAAUCGAUCCCUCCUUCGAGCGGUUCGAAGCUCCGUUGUUCAGCCAGCUGGCAAAAACCUUGGAGCGCAGCGUUCAGACCAAAGCGGUGAACAAACAGCUGGAUGUUCGCUUUUUCCUCAGGUUCCACAUCCACCUUUAUAAUCCAGAUAGUCUCAUUGCUUGUGUCCUGCCAUACCACGAGACGAGAAUAUUUGUGCGGGUUAUACAGCUUCUGAAAAUUAAUAAUUCAAAGAACAAGUGGUUCUGGUUGUUGCCAGUUAAGCAAUCGGGAGUGCCCUUAGCUAAAGGAACUUUGGUUACCCACUGCUACAAAGACCUCGGCUUCAUGGAUUUCAUUUGUAGUCUGGUAACGAAGUCUGUGAAGGUUUUUGCCGAGUAUCCUGGGAGUUCAGCUCAGUUGAGGGUGCUCUUAACUUUUUAUGCUUCUACCAUCGUGUCUGCUCUGGUGACCGCCGAGGACAUAUCAGACAGCAUAGUUGCCAAGCUGUUUCCAUAUAUCCAGAAGGGAUUGAAAUCAUCUUUACCAGAUUACAAAGCUGCAACGUACAUGAUAAUAUGUCAGAUUUCUGUGAAAGUGACAAUGGAAGAGACUUUCGUUAAUUCGCUGGCUUCACAGAUUAUCAAAACAUUGACCAAAACUCCUACUUUGAUCAAGGAUGGAUUAGGUUGCUUGAUAGUGCUCUUGCAGAGACAGAAGCCAGACAGCCUUGGGAAAAAGCCGUUUCCUCACUUGUGUGAUGUUCCGGAUCUCAUUGCCAUACUUCGCGGGAUUUCCGAAACAUACGACAUCAGUCCUCUGCUGCGGUACCUGCUUCCCCAUCUGAUUGGCUCUGUCAUCAGCCACGUUACAGGAGAAGAAACUGAAGGAAUGGAUGGCCAAAUCUACAGGAAACACUUAGAAGCCAUACUUACGGAUAUAUCACUGAAGGACAACUUAGACCAUCUGUUGGCUAGCCUCCUUUUUGAAGAGUAUAUUUCAUAUACUUCACAGGAAGAAAUCGAUCCUAAUAAAAUAUCUUUGCUUAAUGAACAGUUUCUUCCACUUAUCAGACUUUUAGAAAGCAAGUAUCCCAGGACAUUAGAUGUCGUCUUAGAGGAACGCCUAAAGGAAAUUACAGACCAAAAAAAACAAGAACUUUUCCACCAAUUUAUCUCUCUUUCUACAAGUGGAGGAAAAUAUCAGUUUUUAGCAGAUUCUGAUACCUCCUUGAUGCUCAGUCUGAAUCAUCCACUUGCCCCUGUGAGACUUCUGGCCGUUAAUCACCUAAAAAGUAUCAUGGAAACAUCAAAGGAGAGUGUCGAUGAGUCUUUCAUAAAAGAAGCUAUUUUAACCCGAUUAGGAGAUGAUAGUAUAGACGUUGUUUUGUCAGCUAUAAAUGCUUUUGAGAUUUUCAAACAACACUUUAGUUCAGAAGUAACCAUUUCACAUCUUCUGAAUCUCUUUCGAAGAGCAGAACUUUCAAAAAACAGGGAAUGGUACAAGGUCCUCGAGGUUGCAGCAGACAUACUAAUUAAAGAAGAGGUGCUGAGUGGAAACACCGAGUUAUCAAAUCAGGUGGUGGUGCAUCUGCUUCCGUUCAUGGUCAUCGACAGUGACGAUAUGGAGUCUGCCGAGAUGAAAAUUGCUAUUUAUUUAUCAAAAUCAGGAAUUUGCUCUCUGCACCCUGUACUUAGAGGAUGGAAAGAAGUUCUUGAAAAUGUGAUUAAAAGCACAAAGUCAGGAAAACUGAUAGGUGUAGCAAAUCAGAAGAUGGUUGAAUUGUUGGCUGACAACAUAAAUUCGGGGGACCCUUCCUGCAUGUUGAAGAUGGUGGAGGAUUUAGUCAGCGUUGGGGAAAAGGAGUCCUUCAGCCUAAAGCAGAAAGUGACUUUUCAUGUGAUUAUGGCGGUGCUCAUCUCCUGCUGUUCAUCUUCAAAAGAAACUCACUUUCCAUUUGCAAUAAGAGUCUUCGGUUUGUUGCAGAAAAAAAUAAAGAAGCUCGAAAGUGUCAUUGCUGCAGUGGUAAGGAGGGCGAAGUCCCUGGAAAGAAUGGUACAUCUAGAAGAUGUUUUCCAGUUAUUCAAGUUCUUUUCUGUUUUGUGGACCUACGGUUCUAGCCGUUCACACCCACCGAGGUGCAGCGUGGGGACAGUGCUGCAGACCCAAGCUCUCUAUGCGGGCUGCGCUGUGCUCUCCUCCCAGAAGCCACAGUGUCGACACCGCCUGGCCUCCGUGUCUUCUCCAGUGGUGGCAUCGCUACUCCUUAAUCUGAGGAGCCCCGUAAAAGAAAUACGAAGGGCGGCCAUUCAUUGUUUGCAGGCCUUCAGCGGGGUGGCGUCCCAGUUUCAACUGGUAAUAGAUCACGUGGUUCCUAAAGCAGAGGAGAUCACCUCAGAUGCCACCUACGUCGUUCAGGAUUUGGCUGCUUUAUUUGAAGAACUACAGAGAGAAAAGAAACUGAAAUCUCAUCAGAAGUUGUCUGAAACGUUGAAAAACCUGCUUUGUUGUGUAUAUAGUUGCCCAUCUUAUGUUGCAAAAGAUCUCAUGAAAGUGCUUCAGGAAGUCAGCAGUGAGAUGGUGCUUUCUCAGCUCUUGCCUAUGGUGGAACAGCUGUUAGAAAAGACCCAGCAGGAGCCCACAGCUGUCCUUCCAGAUGAGGCUGCUGUUUUGCAUCUCGCUCUGGGAAAAUACAAUGAAUAUUCAGCUUCCCUUCUACAUAAGGACCCAAAGAGUCUAGAUAUAUUUAUAAAAGCCAUGCACACAGCAAAGGAACUUUACCCAGGAAUGCUUUUUUCAACUGUUCAGAUUACAGCCCUCGAAAAGAUUACAAAGCCAUUUUUUGCAGCUAUAUCGGAUGGAAAAGUUCAGCAGAAGCUUUUGCACAUUUUGUUUGAUUUAUUGGUGAACUGUAAAAAUUCACAUUGUACUCAGACUAUUAGCAGUGUUUUUAAAGGGAUUUCUGUUAAUGCUGAACAAGUCAGAAUAGAACUGGAGCCACCAGAUAAAACUAAGUCCCUGGGCACAAUUCAGCAAACAAGAAGGCAGAAGAUGCAGCAGAAAAAAUCACAAGAUCCAGAAUCUGUUCAGGAAGUUGGAGGUUCUUACUGGCCAAGAGUAACCCUCAUCCUAGAAUUACUACAGCACAAAAAGAAACUCAAAAACCCUCAGAUAUUGAUACCGACUCUUUUCAACCUGCUGUCAAGGUGUUUAGAACCUUCGCCACCGGAGCAGGGAAACAUGGAGUAUACCAAACAAUUAAUUCUGAGUUGUUUGCUCAACAUCUGCCAAAAACUCUCUCCGGACGGUGGCAGAAUACCGAAAGAUGUUCUAGAUGAGGAGAAGUUCAACGUGGAGUUGAUUGUGCAGUGCAUCCGUGUCUCAGAGAUGCCGCAGACCCAUCACCACGCCCUUUUACUCCUGGGGACCGUGGCCAGCAUAUUUCCUGACAAAGUUCUGCACAAUAUCAUGUCUAUUUUUACAUUUAUGGGAGCCAGCGUCAUGCGUCUAGAUGAUACUUACAGUUUUCAAGUUAUCAACAAGACAGUGAAAAUGGUUAUUCCAGCACUUAUUCAGUCUGACGGCGGGGACUCCGCGGAAGUCAGCAGGAGCGUGGAGGAGACCGUGGUGAAGAUCACCGGCGUGUUCGUGGAUGCGCUGCCACACGUCCCGGAGCACCGGCGCCUGCCCGUCCUCGUGCAGCUCGUUGACACCCUGGGCGCGGGGAGGUUCCUCUGGGUUCUCCUCGUGUUGCUCUUUGACCAGUAUGUCACUAAGACAGCGCUGGCCACCGCCUAUGGAGAAAAGGAUGCUAUUUUAGAAGCAGACACUGAAUUUUGGAUUUCAGUUUGUUGUGAAUUUAGUGUCCAGCAUCAGAUACAGAGUUUGAUGAAUAUCCUCCAGUAUUUAAUAAACCUGCCAGAGGAAAAAGAAGAAACUGUUCCCAAGGCUGCAUUCGAUAAGAGUGAAUCACGAGAAGAAAUGCUACAGGUUUUUAACGUAGACGCGCACAGCAGCAAGCAGCUACGGCACUUUAAGUUUCUGUCAGUGUCCUUCAUGUCACAGCUCCUGGCUUCCAGUCAUUUUAUCAGAAAGGUAGUUGAAAGUGGUGGUCCUGAGGCUUUAAAAGGCCUCGAACAGAGGUUGCUAGAAGCGGUUCUUGGCUACAUCAAUGCUGUCGCACAGUCUGUGGAGAAAAACGCAGACAAACUGACCGCGAAGUUCUGGCGAGCGCUCCUUAGCAAAGCUUACGACGUGUUAGAUAAGGUCAAUGCCUUGCUGCCCACAGAAACCUUCCUUCCUGUGAUUAGAGGGCUGCUGGGUAACCCACUGCCGUCCGUUCGCCGGAAAGCGAUGGAUCUUUUGAACAACAAGCUACAGCAGAAUGCGUCCUGGAAGAAGAAAACCGUGUACCGUUUCUUAAAGCUGGUUCCAGUCCUUCUGGCCGUUGUGCAGCGUAACAAGCAGGGGGCAGAGCAGGCAGUGAACAGACAGACCGCGCUGCACACCCUGAGGCUCUUGUGCAGGAACUUCGGUGCGGAACACCCGGAGCCCUUCGCCCCGGUGCUGAACGCUGCGGUGAAGCUGAUCGCGCCGGAAGAGGAGGAGGAGAGGAACGUGCUGGGGAGCGCCCUACUGUGUGUGGCCGAGGUGGCCUCCGCCUUGGAAGCACUGGCCAUCCCCCAGCUCCCCAGCCUGAUGCCUUCAUUGCUGACAAGAAUGAAAAACGCCAGUGUCAUGGGCUCCGGUGACGUCUACCUGCUCAGCGCCGUGGCAGCUCUGCAGAAGGUGGUUGAGACGCUCCCCCACUUCAUCAGCCCCUACCUAGAGGGUGUCCUGUUGCAGUCGAUUCAUUUGGAGAAAGUCACUAGUGAAAUGGGGUCGGCCUCACAGGCUAAUGUGCGUCUCAAGUCUCUUGAAAAGACACUGGCGACCACUCUCUCACCCCGAGUCCUGCUACCGGCCAUCAGCGAAACGUACAAGCAGAUCGAGAAGAACUGGAAGCAUCACAUGGGCCCAUUCAUGAGCAUCCUGCAGGAGCACGUCGGGGCCAUGAGGAAACAGGAGCUCGUCUCCCAUCAGUCUCAGCUCACCGCGUUCUUCUUGGAGGCCCUGGACUUCCGAGCACGGCACCCUGAGAAUGAUCUGGAAGAAGUCGGAAAAACAGAAAAUUGUAUCAUUGACUGUCUAGUAGCUAUGGUUGUAAAACUUUCUGAAGUCACAUUCAGACCCCUAUUUUUCAAGUUGUUCGAUUGGGCUAAGACAGAAGAUGCCCCAAAAGACAGACUGUUGACAUUUUACAACUUGGCAGAUUGCAUUGCCGAAAAACUGAAAGGGCUUUUUACUCUGUUCGCUGGCCACUUAGUGAAGCCUUUUGCUGACACCUUGAACCAGGUGAACAUCUCCAAAACAGAUGAAGCAUUUUUUGAUUCUGAAAAUGACCCUGAAAAGUGCUGCUUGUUAUUACAGUUUAUUUUGAACUGUUUAUAUAAAAUCUUCCUUUUUGACACUCAACAUUUUUUAAGUAAAGAGAGAGCAGAAGCCUUGAUGAUGCCCCUGGUGGAUCAGCUAGAAAACAGGCUUGGCGGAGAAGAGAAGUUCCAGGAGCGGGUGACAGGGCACCUGGCCCCGUGCAUCGCACAGUUCUCGGUGGCCGUGGCAGAUGACUCUCUCUGGAAACCACUGAACUACCAGAUUCUGCUGAAGACGAGAGACUCCUCCCCCAAGGUUCGAUUUGCCGCCCUGAUUACUGUGUUAGCACUGGCUGAAAAACUGAAGGACAAUUACAUUGUCUUGCUACCAGAGUCCAUUCCUUUCUUAGCUGAAUUGAUGGAAGAUGAAUGCGAAGAAGUAGAACGUCAGUGCCAAAAGACUAUUCAGCAACUGGAAGCUGUCCUGGGAGAGCCGCUCCAGAGCUACUUCUAAAACCUUAAUUUUUUUGGUGUUUCACACUCUGUUGUUUGUGCAGAUUUAUAUUUUUAUUUUUGGGUGUUGGUGCCAUGUUACUUUUGGUGCCUUAACAUCUACUUGGACUUUACGAAACUCCCACCGAGUUCAUGCUUACACACAGGCCUCUCCUGCCAGCUGUAGGGAACGGCAGAGUAAACGACGGUGGUUUUAUACAGAUGGCUGUGUCUUUUUAAGUCUGUUAUAGUCCCUCGUUGGUGCUGGUAACGUCACAGACAUGUUUACUCAUAGCGCCCAAAGCUAAUGGCACCUCACUCAGACGGUAAUGCCUUAACUCCUCUGCAAGGGAAUGUCAAGCACGUGGGGUCCACGCCAGAGAUUUUAUUCAGAGUAUUAAAUUUUUCUUCAAAGAAAUGAAUUAUUCAGCAUUUAACAAGAAUGCUUUUGACUGUAAAGCCAUUUGGAUUUUUACUUUUCAUUUCGGGUGGAUGACACUUCAGCCUAAAGUUUUUGCGUGUGCCCACAGGGGGAAGUAGGUCUAGAAUGUACUUUUUACUCUGGGCUGUGACUGUCUCCUUUAUCCUUCAGUCUUUUUUGGGAGAAGAGGGAGGUGAAGGCAACAGACUGUUGAUAAAACCCACCUGACGGACCCCACAAACAGGAAGGGCCCAGAAACACCAAAGGCAUGAAGAAGCCCCUCCGGGAGCACAGUAACCACUUUCCACCGGCGGUUGACUGAGAAAUGCUUGCGUGAGAAAGGAAGGAGGUACCAGACUUUAACUAAAGCUUUGAAGUUCUCUAAUCUCUGCUAUGUCACAGUGAUGCUGGAGAGUGAAGGCUCAAAUUAAACACCGGUGCCUUUAAGGCAUUUAUUUAUAUAGUUAUUUAUGCCAUCUAAGAACCGUCCCACAGAACGUUCAAAUAGAUUUAAUUUAAUGAGUGAGUGCGGGGCUGUGAAGGCUGACCUGCACGUACAGGCAACAUGGUAAAUGCACGUUUCUCUUCAAGAAACGUUUCGAUAAGAUAAAUGCUAAUAGCUUCACGUCAAAAAACACCUUAAGAUUUUAUAUUUUCUCAGGAAACAGUCUUCUGUCUUAGUCAUGUCUCCCAUUUACAUCACGAAAAUGAAAAUGUGUUUAAGACUGAGAGGAAAACCCCAGUCAUGCAAUCUGAUGUUCUUUUAUGCAGGGAAAAAAAUAACUCUGGGGAUUCUAGAGCCUUCUUGUCCUCUACAACUUUCUCAAACACCCUCCCACCCAUGUCUUUUUUGAGCUUGGCAAACUCAGCAUAAUAAGUUAACACAAAGUGGAAAA